GACAGACCAUAAGAAACUUUACUCCUAAACCACAACUCCACACCACUUUAACAUAAUACACGCUUGGAUAUACAACUGGUCGACAUCCAGAGAACUUUUUACCAACUUUUUUUAUUAUUCAGGAUAUUUUAGAAAAAAACUUCUCAGUAAUAUGGGAAAAGAAAAUAUCUGUUUUUUGUCUGUUUGGAUAAUUUUGGGAAAAAUCUUUGCAACUUUUUCUUCUGACCCUGAACUCAACACAGCCACCACUGAGUUUGUAAACUCCACGUUCACCGCUACUCCCCUGCCGACCACCACUGAAUGGAUCACAGACUACACUGACAUCGUGUCCAAGUUCUCCCUGCGAACUGUGGACAUCCCAGAUGAUGACAUGUGCUAUAUUGUGCCCGGCCAGCCAGAAACCAUCAAGGAGUGUGAAUUCAACUCAGAGACGCAGUCCUUCAUAAUAAUACAUGGCUGGACGGUGACGGGGAUGUUCGAGAGCUGGGUGCCCAAACUGGUGUCUGCUCUCUACGAGCGUGAGCCCAGCGCCAACGUGAUCGUGGUGGACUGGCUGACCCGCGCCAACCAACACUACCCGACCUCUGCGGCCUACACCAAACUAGUGGGCCGCGACGUGGCCAAGUUUGUUGCAUGGAUACAAAAAGAGCUGCAGUUGCCCUGGGAGAGGAUCCAUCUGCUGGGCUACAGUCUGGGAGCACAUGUGGCUGGAAUCGCCGGAGAUCUGACAGACCAUAAAAUCAGCAGGAUUACAGGUCUGGAUCCUGCUGGUCCCACCUUCGAGCACGCGGACAACCAGAACACCCUGUCCGAAGACGACGCCCAGUUUGUGGACGUUUUGCACACCAACACCAGGGGCUCCCCGGGCCGCAGCAUCGGCAUCCAGAGAUCCGUGGGCCACAUCGACAUUUACCCGAACGGAGGCACUUUUCAGCCGGGCUGCGACAUCCAGAACACACUGAUGGGGAUCGCAUUGGAAGGCAUCAAGGGCCUCCAAAAUAUGGACCAGCUCAUCAAGUGUUCCCACGAGCGCUCCAUCCACCUGUUCAUCGACUCCCUGGUGAACACCCAGCAGCAGAGCAUGGCCUACCGCUGCAACUCUAGAGAGACCUUCAACAAGGGGAUGUGCCUCAGCUGCAGGAAGAACCGCUGCAACAAGCUGGGCUACAACAUAAACAAGGUCCGCUCGGCCCGCAGCACCAAGAUGUACCUCAAGACUCGCGAAAUGAGUCCUUACAAAGUUUUCCACUAUCAAGUGAAGGGACAUUUCUUCAGUGAGGACCGACUGAGCUUCACCGAGCAGCCGAUGAAGAUUUCUCUGUAUGGAACCGUCGGAGAGAAGGAGGACAUUCCCUUCGUCCUGCCGGUCCUGGACGGUAAUACCACCUUGUCCUUCCUCAUCACCACCGAUGUGAACAUCGGAGACCUGAUGAUCGUGAAGCUGCGCUGGGAGAAGGACACCAUCAUUAGCUGGUCCUGGUGGGGCAGCAGCAAGUUCCACCUCCGAAAACUGCGCAUCAAGUCCGGGGAGACCCAGUCCAAGGUGAUCUUCAGCGCGAAGGAAGGAGAGUUUACCUACCUCGUCAGGGGAGGAGAAGAGGGAGUCUUUGUCAAGUCAAAAGAAGACAACAUGAGCCGUCAAGAGAAAUUGAGGCACAAGCUGAAGACGCAGGGCACUCUUUAUGGGCAGAACGACGCUUGAAGUUGCACUUGAACACAUCAUCGUGCACAGCAUCCAUCUCCUACACACAUAGCCAAAGAUGGAUAACACAGCAACACUGGGAACGCCUUAACUGGACAUAUACUGAACGCUGUGUUUCUUUUCUGCCUCAUGACUUCUACUCCCAGUGCAAACCAGCACCAAACUCAUAUUCACCGUGCUGGAAAUCAGUCCGCUCACAAGCUCCUCUCUGCAUAUUCUGCUGCCGAAAAAUGUUACAGGUUUCUUCGUGAUGAUGUGCUCACUUUCAGUAGCUUUUUUGCUGCAUAUCUUUGUAAUCAUUUGUUUCUGCUUUUGUAGCCCAUAUGUACUGUUUAUACUGAUUUUGAUGUGUUUUGAAGUGGUGUUUCCUUUGCCUAUGUGAACUUGGAUUAUUGUUGAUGUAUAAAUGAUUCAGAGUGAAAGGCAUAAUUUAGGCACAUCUUUUUUUUAUUCUUAAAUGCGCAAAAUAAUCAUUUUUGUCCCUAAUAUUUGUCUUUAUCGAGCCACUAAUUGCCAACAAUCGACAGGGACCAAAGAAGUAUUUACAAUCUACUGAACGGAGAAUCACAGCGGUCUUUGUAAAUACCUUUUUUCAAUCAGUAUUUUAUAUAUAUUUUUAAAUAUGAGUGAUGUGUUGAUAUCUGAUCUCUUGAAGCCUUGCUUGUUCUUUGAUUGCGUUUUGGUUAUUGUGUCACUGGUCACUUUAAAAGGCUCUCUGUCCCCUGCAGCCAUUUAGAUGUUACGGUCAUUGAGAUUGCGGUCCAACAGGGACAUUUUUUUUUAGUUUGGGUAAUUUUUUUUUCGUGAAAUUGAACUGAGGUCACUUUUAAAUCCAGUAAUGGCUAGGUGCUCCAUAGUUACUUCAUGAACGGGCCAACAGUGUCUCACCUGCAACAGUUUACCUCAUUGACUACAACAUGCCCUUAUUUUGAAAAGGUCAAACAUUACAAAACAUGCAAGCCUUGGUAAUUUGUGAUGGACUGGCCUACAUGUUAGCCAUAAUACAUCUCAAGAAUACUUCAUAUUGUAUUUAUUGAAUGUACAUUUAUAUAUUUGUAUAUUAAGCUGUAAUAUAUUUUCUUUGCGGGCUUCCAUUGUGUAUUUUCUUUUUUUAUAUAUAAAUGAAGCGUUUUGUGAUUUUGUGCACGGCAAGGCUUUGGAAAGAUCGAUCAAAUUGGUCUCCAUGCCGGCUGUUCAGUGAAUUUAUGAACUGAAAUGCAGUGCACUGUAUAAAUGAAGAGCCCAGGAUGGUUUAAUAAAGACAUAAACCACAUA